AUCAAGUUUAACUUCCUCCUACAUACAACGAAUAAAAGGAACGAAUUAAUAGCAAUCCCACAAAUGUUUACAAUAAUACAUUCAUCUGGAGUACUUUAAAAGAUUUGAGGGCAAAUGGCGACUGGAGAUGCUGGUCUAAUUAUUGCUGUACUUGUUCUGCUACUAGUAAUAGGCCUUGGUUUAUUCGGAGCAUUCCUUUGUUGGAAACUCCGCGAACAACAUUCAAGCAUAAACAAUUUGCAGGACCAGCUGGAAAAGUUAAAAGAAUAUGAUAAUCAUAGAAUAACCGAAUUAGAAAAACAAAUCAAAUAUUUAAAAGCAAGCAUUCAAGCUGACAAAGGCGAAUCGUCAGAAAUAGUUGAUGAAACAGUUACUUUCAGACAAAAGAAAGUUAGCAAUGACGACAUACAUGUGGAUGUCGAUGAUAUUCUACCGAACAAUCCACAACACCAGGACCGUUUAAUCAAACCAUCAAUGGUCAUUAAAAUUGGAAAAGAUAUCACUAAUGCCCACGGAAAUGUACAACUGGAUUCUCAAGUUGUUGCAAUUGCCCAGAAUAAUUACAAACAUAAAACAAAGUCAAAAAAUCUAAUUGGAAUUGAUGAAAUGGACUUUGCCUUCAAAGAGGGAGACAAAUCUUUCAUGUCCGAGACAACAAGGCGACAAACAAUUUAUAAUGGGAGGCCAACCUCUGUACUGAUAAACGAGUCUUCGUUUCACGAGGAAAAGGGAAAUUCUGAGAAAGGUAUUUUUGUGCAUAAAACUUUAGGUAAAUCAGGAGGCGUUCUUCAGGUUUUGGGAAUACAACUAGUGAUUCCAAGUGAUGCUUUAACAGAAGAUACACAACUUACUGUCGGAGUAACUUGGGAUGCAUCUAUUUAUCCAUCACUUACUAAACAAAGCUCUUUAUUGAGCCCAGUAGUCGUUUGCCAACCUGCAGUUAAGUUCCUUAAGCCUGUAAUUUUAUCAUUCCCUCAUUGUGCUGUUCAUGAAAAGGAAAACUGGAUACUCAAAGUAUUGAACAGAGAAAAUGAUUUGCAUUGUGAGAAUGGUGAAUGGAGAGACCUUAAUGAAGUGGAUGCUGGAGACAUUGAUAUAAACAACAAUAAAGUAGUAUUAAAGUUGAGACAUUUCACGCUAUAUGCAGUUGUUGGAGAAAGCUUGGAAGGGAAAACAGCAGCAAAGGCAGUGAAACUUUUAGCCUUUACUUCUCCUUUACAAAGAGAUAAAAUGUUCACUGUUCGAAUCUAUUGUAUCAAUAACUAUGAUGAAAUUAAGGAAAUUAAAAAGGAGGCAAUGAAGCUUAAUGAGAAACAGGCUGAUAUUCUACAGCCAUUGUUUAUUCGUGAUAAUGGUGAAGAUGUGACUGUAAGCUUAAUAAAUGUUUCAAAAGGAUGGAAAACUGAUGGUGGAAAAUCUCAGAAUAUUGACUUUGAAUGCAUAUGGCACUGUUUAUCACCAUCCUGUAAGUUUCUUUUUCAUCCUGAGACAACUGUUAACAAAAUAGUCUGUGAUUUCAACUACAACCAACAUACAUCAACAAAGGUGCGAAGUCUGAAAGUUGCUCAAGAACAAAUACAGUUUUUACCUCUUGCCUUGAAGGAAGACGUAGGCCCAGAGCAUAAACUGCUUCAAAAAAUGAUUUUGAAAUUAGAUCCGAAAUCAGACAAUGAUUACAGAAUACUGGCUGAGAAAAUUGGUUACACAUAUGAACAAAUAAAAUGGCUAGAAACACAAGACAGUCCUACAGAAAUAUUGCUAGACAAAUGGAUCAGUGGUGGGAAACUUGUUUCAGAUUUGAAAGGUCAUUUGUCGGACAUUGGACGACUUGAUGUUCUGUCAGAGAUUGAGGAAUAUGAAAGCAGUAUUGCCUAAAUAAUAAUCAUUUCGUGAGAUAAUAUUGGUUAUAUCGCAUAAGAAAUCAUCACGUUGGAUAUGAUUCAACUUCUUUUCCUGUAUAUCAAAUCAUCAUAUCAUAUAUCAUUAUUUGAUACCCUACUAAAUUAAAGUACAAUCAUUUGGUAAUGUUAUACCUCAAAUAUAUCAGGUCUAUGAAUAUUAUUAGUUACACAGUGUGCAAUUGUCCGAAUACGAGAAAUUAUCGGGUCAAUAAACUUCAUAUCAGGUGA